AUGGGGGGUAACAAUACAAAAUCACUGACCCCUGUGGAUCUUAUCAAGAAAAAUGAAUCUUAUUCCACCCAACAUUUCACCGAAGAGCAAAAGAAAACUUUUAAGAUUCAAGUAACACCAACAUGCAACGCGUACACUCCUGCUGAAUCCGACGACAAGUCUCUUUUGGAACACAGCUGCGUUGAGCUUUCAAAAAAAGCUUCCACCGAAGUCAAUCACAGCUACGUCCAAGGAUACAAGCGACCCAAAGCGUACUUUACCACUGAAACGCCGCAGUCUGCAGAGGAAGCUCAGGCCUUGUGGGAAACAGUAUGGCAGCAUCGAGCCAACGUUGUGAUGCUUCAAAAAUCUGAAGAAACUGCGAAAGGCUACUGCUACUGGAGCCCUGAACCUGAAACAUCGCUGGAAUUUGGAAGGCUAACUGUCAGUACUAUUGAAACUGAUAUGUAUCUACCAACUCUUGAAAUCACGAAGCUUGAGAUAACUGAUGAAAACGGAGAUUCGUUGACUAUUUACCACUUUUUGUACUUCGCCUGGCAAGUUUACGACAAUUUGAUUCCUACACAUGACUUUUUGAGGUUCUCGCUCAUAGUAAGAAAAUACAGUGAAAAAAUAAUGGUUUCUGAAGGGUGUUGCUGCGAUCUGAACCCAAUCCUGGUUCACUGCAGUGAUGGACUAGAAGAAACAAUGAUUUUCUGCACAAUUGAUAUGUCAAUUUCAAAAUAUCUGCAGUAA